GGGGUGUACCUACGUUCUUCAAGCCCCGCAUUCUAUUACAAUUAAAAUUUCAUUGUGAAUCAUACUUAACCAAGAAGAUUGAAAUUGUGAAACCUAUCAAAAUUGGAACACAACAGUGAUUAGUUUGACGCCAGAAUUAUUUUUUGGUUCAUUUUUUCUCCAUUUGUAAUUUAUUGUGUGGAUUUAUCGAAAUAUUAGCAAUACACCACACAGGCUAUUGACUUCUAUCAGGAAAAAUGUCGCACACAUACUCUUCCGCGCCGAGUAAUAGUGGCGGGUCUGUAAAUGUGACUGCCACCACCAGUGGUAGUCGUCAUGGCCCCAACAAUAAUUCGGUGAAUGCGAGCCAAGUCAUUUCAUCUGGAACAUUUAACAUAUCAGGUGAUGUGUUAGUAAGCAGCAGCAGUGCGCCUAGCAAUUCCAAUCAGAAGCAAUCUACCAAAAGCCCACGACCAGCUACAGCUCGUAAGCCACCUCCCACCAUCGAUAACUUCUGGCAGAACAUUAUGGCCGACGUGAGGGGUAUUAAUCAAGUAGACGCUAAACAUCAAGCUUUGCCACUGGCGCGUAUAAAAAAAAUAAUGAAGUUGGAUGAAAACGCAAAAAUGAUUGCAGCCGAAGCACCUCUUCUCUUUGCCAAGGCCUGUGAAUACUUUAUACAGGAGCUGACAAUGCGGGCUUGGAUACAUACCGAAGAAAGCAAACGACGCACGCUCCAGCGCUCUGAUAUUGCUCAAGCCAUUGCCAAUUAUGACCAAUUUGAUUUUUUAAUUGAUAUUGUGCCUCGGGAAGAUAUAAAACCUACUGCUAGUAGUGGCACAAGAAAAGAAGCGUCACAGCAUCAUGCUACGGUAAACUCCUCAACCAGUACGCCUGCAACUGCUGCUGUAAUGACGGCUGGCACAGUAACUCUACCUGUAAAAAUGGAAACUGCCGAUGGGGAAGUAUUGACAUUUGGCACCAUCAGCUCAGAUACACUUGCAGCAUCUGCAGCUCAACAACAUCAUUCCCAGCAAGCACACCCUACAAUGCAACAACUGCAAAUCAUACAACAGCCAUCCGCUACUCAUCCGCAGCAGAUGCAAUAUUAUAUUGCUACUCCAGAAGCUCUGAAUGCCGCACACGGGCAAAAUGCAGCGCCACAUCAACAACUACAGAUUAUACAGCAAGCGGCACAACCGCAAUAUUUUAUAACCACUCAUCAACCGCAACAACUCAUACUGACGGCUGGACCGAACGGACAAUUCACUGCAACUCCAGCGCCGGCAAAUACAGCACAACAGCAACAAGCUGCUUUACUGCAAAAUUUGGCGCAACACCAACAACAGCAGCAGCAACCACAAAUACAACUUUUACAACAGGUUGUGACGCCCUCGGGCGAGAUAACAAACGUACCCAUUGCAAUAAACGCAAAUCAAUUGAAUUUGCUCCGCCUGCAAAUGCAGCCUAGUGCAACGCAGCAGCUGCUGCAGCUCAAUACUCCCGCUAACGCUCCAGCCACUACCUCUCAUACCGUUUCUGCUGCUCAGGUACAAGCCCAACAACAACAUGGACAACAGCAGCAGCACCAGCACCCACAUGUUAGUGCAGGUGCUGCAAAUAUAUUUAUAAAUGCCACACCACAUGUCGCACAACAUCCGCACCAACAACAACAACACCAUCAGCAGGUGCAACAACAACAACAACAACAACACCAGCACGUCAAUUUGUCGGGUGCGUCAAUUGUCGCUACUGAUCGUGCUCUGGGCGGCACUUAUAGACCGAAUUGCUAGCCACCGGAGCUCAUUUACCUCCAACAAACUCCAGCCACUUAUAAUUCCGUUUCUGCGAAAGCGCACAGAGGGACACAAUACAGCAGUAGCGAAUAUA